GGCACCCGCAGUGCCACGCCGCUCGCCGGCUCCGCCGCCCGCGUCGCCACAUCCCCCCAUUCGGGAAUAUUCGGCUUCUGCCGUCGCGUUGCGGUAGCUUACGCCGAUGCCUUCGGCAUGCGUGCGCGAACACAGUGCUGUCCAAAAUACGUAUUUGUAUAAUGUGUGAAAUUUUUUUAUACGUUUCGUAUUAAAUGAUCAGUGUUUAGUGAUGUGAUGGGAAUGUAGAGUUUUGCGCUCUGGCGCCGUAUGAAUAUCAUCCGAACUGUACUGUGAUCGCCUUGUAGGCGUUAAAUAACUUAGUGUUAGAAGAAAAAGUGCUUCUUUACCAAAUAAACUUAACGAAAGCCUUAAUUAGGAACGAACAACUAUAAGGACCAAAUCAAGUAGAAUUUUGUAUCCAUUUAAAAUAUAAGUCGGAACGCCUUAAAUGUUUUUUACCCAUACGUAGUGUAAGUGUAAAGGUACUUUGCUAUAGGGUUUGUAUGUUUUUUACGUGAAUGAUAGAAUGGUAAACGCGGUGGUGUACAAGUGGUGGUCACGUGACAACGUUAGGUGGUGAGUGUUUGACGGUGAUAAGUGGUGAAAAUGGAGAGGUGCGACGGCUUCUUGGUGUACCGCAAGCCGGUCUACAGGGUGUUCCAGUAUUUGGAAACGUAAGCCAGUUCCAUGGUGCAUGGCAUGCUAAGUAAGCGAGUGACAUUCUCCCUGCCACGCCAUGAGCCGGAGGGCGGCGGGCGGUGCGGGGACGGGCCGCUAGCGCGUGCGAUGCAGCCCGCGCCACCGGGCGGCUCGCCCAAGCGGCACGCCACCCCUGCGCCUGCACACGGUGCAGCAGACCAGUCCACGUUGAAGGUGCACCUGCCGAACGGCGGGUUCAACGUGGUGAGAGCGUCUGCGGACGAAGAUGUGCGCUCGGUGUUGCGACUCCUCGCGGCGCGGCUGGCGGCGGGGGACCGGGUGUACUCCUCGUGUUAUGCGCUGAGGGCGCGGAGUCUUGUUACUGGGAAGAUCCGCUGGAUCCACCAGGACACGGGCGUGUCGGAGCUUCUGAGCCGCUGGCCGGCGAGCGAGUGGCGGCUGGAGCUGCGCGUGCGCUACCUGCCGGCGAACCUGCGCGACCUGUGCGACGCGGACCGCGUCACCUUCCAUUAUUAUUAUGAUCAGGUUCGACACGACUACCUCAACGCCAACCAUCCUAUGGUGGACCAGGACUUGGCGAUACAAAUAUGUUGUUUAGAAAUAAAAUACUUCUGCAAAGAUAUGCAAAUAUCUCUGGACAAGAAGUCGAAUAUCGAAUACUUGGAGAAGGAGUUUGGCCUGCACAAGUUCCUGCCCAAGUCCGUGCUAGAGGCGAUCAAGCCCAAGGUGCUCAAGAAAGCUAUCCAGCAACAGUUCAAAAAGGUGGCUCAGCUGAGCGACACGGAGUGCAUGGUGCGGUACUUGGACACGAUGCACACGCACUACGGGUACGACCGGGAGACGUUCACGGGCGCGCUCGGCACGGGCUGGGCCAUCCCCGUCGAGCUCGCCAUCGGACCCGACAUCGACAUAUCGUACGUGUCGCACAAGGCGGGCGAGCCGCCGACGUACACGAAGAUAGCGUCGUUCAGCGAUAUAGUCGCGGUGCAGACGCUCAAAUCCAACUGCACGCAACAGUCGCAAACGCAGAGCGGUUCGUGCGGCAAGGCGGCGUUACAGUUGCGAGUCAAAGGUGCCACCGAGACCCUCACGAUCACGUGCAGCAGUGUUGAGGCUGCAGAAAGUUUGGCGGAUCUAGUCGACGGUUAUUGCAGACUGGUCACCGACUCGCAAACAUCGCUUUGGAACAGAACGACUACCGUAUGGAAACAACUCAGUUGUCAAUGUAAAACUGAGAUGAGCAGCAGUUCGUCUGAGGGCAAGACCAGCUCGUGGGAGGCGAACACCGCCACACUACUCUCUGAGGACUACGCGGAGAUCGUGGACGACGACGCGGAUUACUCCACGCCGGCUGUCCGCGACUACGAACUAGUUCGCAAUCAGAUCGAGUUGACCGGCAUCAUCGGAGAGGGUCAGUUCGGAGACGUUCACAAGGGCACGUGUCGCGUGUCCGCUGCGAACCAUCCGUCCCUCAGGCGGCUCGCGUUGAGGUCCAACCAGGGUCAGGGGAGGGGGGACUGCGUGCUGCCCGUGGCUGUGAAGACGUGCAAGAUGGACGCUGAUCUGGAUACGGCUGAGAAGUUUCUGGAAGAAGCUUAUAUAAUGCAGCAGUUCUCCCACCCGCACAUCAUCGGGUUGGUGGGCGUGUGCAGCUCGCCGCCCAUAUGGAUCGUGAUGGAGCUCGCCACGCUGGGCGAGAUGCGAGCGUAUCUGCAACAAAACGCGCACAGAUUAGAGACGUGCACGCUAGUGUUAUAUAUAUACCAACUAUCGACUGCGCUGAGCUACCUCGAGAGCAAGAAGUUCGUGCACAGAGACAUAGCGGCGAGGAACGUGCUAGUGUCGACACCCACGUGUGUUAAGUUGGCAGAUUUCGGUCUAUCAAAAAUGGUGGAAGAUAAGUCGUAUUACAAGGCGUCGAGGGGCAAACUGCCAAUCAAGUGGAUGGCGCCCGAGUCGAUAAACUUCAGGCGAUUCACUUCCGCGUCCGACGUGUGGAUGUUCGGCGUGUGCAUGUGGGAGAUCCUGAUGCUGGGCGUGAAACCAUUCAGCGGCGUGAAGAACAACGACGUGAUAGGCAAGCUGGAGAACGGCGAGAGGCUCGCACUGCCGCCGCGCUGUCCGCCGCGCCUCUACUCCGUCAUGUCGCGCUGCUGGGCCUACGAGCCCAGCCAGCGACCCGCCGCGCACCACCUCAAGGAGACGCUCUUCGAGAUCCUGCAAGAGGAGCGUAACAGUGCGUGGGACACGAUGCGGCGAGAGAACAGGCGUGUAGCCGCUGCCUCGUGGGGGGACGAUCCCCCGCCAAAACCUACCAGGCCCGCCAAUAACCUCGCAGCGGCGGACUCGACAUCAGUGCAGUCGUCAGGCGCGGCGCCGCAGACGUACAUCGUGGCGCAGAACCCGCUCGUCCUAGCGCAUCUCCUGCGCGAGAACCAAUCCCGCGCCCUCGACCCGCAGGCCUACACCACGCCCGCCUCGAGUCCGGAGUUCGACACGGAGCAGGCGGUGGAAAGGCGAUUACUCGCCGAACUAGCGCGACAGCAACACCAGAGCGAAGAGGAUCGGCGCUGGCUGCAGAUGCAGGAGGAUAACUUGAAGAAGCGGCUGUCCUCCGUUCAAGUGUCGACCGAGUCUGAAGGGGAUCAAAAGGAGGCGCUCGCGAGCAGCGUACACGACAACAGGACAUCUAGUCAGCCGCACUCGGCGGCAAAUUCAUCAGAAACCAGUCCAGCCAACACUGUGAAGUCUAAAGAAAAGACGCUUAGUGAAGAAAAGUCCGGCGAGCCGGUGUACGGCGCGACGACGGCGGUGGUGCGCGGCGUGAUGCGGCUGGCGGCGCAGACGCAGGGCGGCGCGGCGCCGGCCGACGUGCUCGGCGCCGUGCGCGACGUGGGCGGGCGCCUGCGCGCGCUGUGCCACACCGUCGACCGCGUCGUCGUGCCCUUCCCGCACGUGGCGCAGCGGGAGGUGGAGAUGGCUCAUCAGGUCCUGAGUAAGGACAUGGCGGCGCUGGUGGAGGCGAUGCGGCUCGCCAUACAGUACCACAACACCACACUGCACCACGAGUACACCAAGAGCAUGUUGGCUGCAGCGCACGUACUGGCGAUGGACGCGAAGAACCUCCUGGACGUAGUCGACUGCAUCCGGGAGCGACAUCCCAACAUCGACUGGCGAGCGGCCCUCGAGUCCGAAGACAUCGCCCCCCAACCGCAGAACCAAACGCUCACCUCGCAAAACGAGGUGUUCGCAGCACAGAACCAAAUAUUCACCCCCCAAAACCCUAUAUUGAGCAACCAGUCGUCGGUGCAGGAGGAGGAACCAGCACCCCCCAAACCAGACUUCAAGGUAAACCAACCGGUCACGACCAGUCAGCUGACGAUCACGGAGAACGUACCCAAAGAGCAUAGCAGUCUGCCAGUAACCACCAACCGAGUGUCGACACUCAUACACAAUUACAAUCUGUAUGGGAACGUCAGAGAACCGCAACACAUAUACGGUAACACCGAGCCGGGCACCUUCCAACAUUCGACCUCCGUAGACGAUUCCAAAAUCGAUUCCGCACCAAUCGAAUCGGUCAAGAGUCGAGUCCAAGCGAUAGCGGGCAAACUCGACUCGCCGCCGAUAUACUCGGUGAGUAAAAAGAUGGUGCCGCUGGAUCAGAACAUCGGGCACAGCGAUCAGGGGUGAGGGUCGGACGCUUAAUUCGCUUCGUAGAUGUUAUUUUACCCGCGUGGGUUUGACAGCUUUACUGUUUCUUUAAGGGCUAUGACAUAGGCGCGAUGUUAGUAUAGUACUUACUGGGAUAUGCUCGAACAGCAUUUAUACGUUUACACAGAUUGCCGCUUCGAUAUUGGAGCAUAGCUUGGAAAAGACAAUAUGCUCAAUAUUCCUUGUAGGCGGGUAGAUUUUGAGCCAAAUUGUUGUUUAAAAAUUAUAUCCAUCCAUGUAAUGUCAUAUUAUAUGUUUCAUUUAUUGGAUCAUUGGAGUCUAUUCAUAUACAUUUAAUGUGUUUUAUUAAUAGCUGUAAUUAAAAUAUGUUAUUUUAUUUUAAGUUCAAUUAAAAAGUAUUUAAUUCCGCGUAAAGUAAAGUUAGCUAGCAUUAGCAUUGCCUAUGGCUAAUAAGUUUCAGUUUAUUUUGAUUUUAUUACAAUCGACUGCCGGCCUCGGUGGCGUAGUAUUACUUAUACGGUACAACACUACUGUGGGGUCUGGGGUUCGACCCCGGGUCGGGCAAAGUGAUAUUGGGUUUUUUGCUCAGUAUCAGUCUGUAGUCAGUAAAAAAAAUUGUACCCGGUAUGGCAAUAGGCCCGCCUCCUUAACAUUGUAGGACAGAACACACAUGGCAUAAAGUGAGUGCCUUUGUUGCACCUCUGCCUACCCUUUCGGGGAUAAGGCGUCAUGUGUACAAUCGAAUAUUUUCUCUAAAAACGAGCUAUUAAUGAAAACACAAUGUUUCUCAUGUCUAUAUUUUGAGAAUCAUCUUAGUGAUAAUAACAUAUCAUCUGCAUUGUUGCGCUUCGAAAUUAAUAACUCGUGUUGCAUACUUCUUCUUAAACAUUUAUUCUACAUAUCUAUUGUCAUCGAGCGUGCGAUAUUGGAAUGAACAAAGCUUUGAAACAUUAAAUUAGGCGACAAAAAAAUAAAGGUUUCCAUAACUAGUCAUCUGAAAAUGGAGACCAAUGAGGUUUGUGACUACCAACAUUGCUCGCUCCGAUCAUUAUUCUUCAAACCGGCUCAAUUUUACACAAUUUCAAUAUGAUUUCUAUACAAAAACACCAAACUUGUACCGAUUAAUUUGUGAUAUUAAUGCCAAUAAUGUAUUUGAAGUGAACAGUGUGACAGAGCGAGUCCUCUCCAACUUGCAUCGAUAAAACAUAAGAUUUCGUAGUUAUUUUACAUACAAAUUUUAUAUUUUUGGUGUAGCGAAGUGUUUUGUACUGUGUCCGAACUGGUGCGUAUAUGAGCGUAUAACAGAAUUAAUUCUUCCAUGAAACAAUAAUGUAAUUGUCGAAAAUAAAUUGAUUAAGUAUUAUUUUGUAAUGUGUAAUGUAUUAUUGCGAGUAUGUGUAUAUUUUCAAUUAAUUAAGCCUUUAUGUCACAAAUUUGCAUUUAGUUUGUUCCACACUGCUGCCGUUCAGACUGGAUUUGAUGACGUUUUCUUUUGUAAAAAUGUACAAAAAAGCAUAUAAAUUGUCUGUAAUUUUGUUUUAUUUUAAUUUUUUUAUCCAAAGUUCUUAUCAUAAGCUUAGAUCUCAGAAGGAAUUUCUAAGAGUUUUAGUGUUUACGUUAAUUUGGUUAGUUGUGUAAUUAUAACAAGAUCAGAAUUUAUUUAUUGACGAAUCUUCGAUUUAUUUGUAAAGUUAAUUUUCCUAAUAUAUCAAAUGGGACACAACUUCAACUGUCACGCCAGUAUUUCCUAUUUAAUAAAACUUGCCUAGCACUAUUUUUAAUUAUAACCUUUGUAAUCCGUGUAAUAAUUCCUUUUAAAAAUAUCUUCAAUGGUUUCCAUUAAUGUCGGCGAGCGUUGAGUGUUGUGUCUCAUUGUAGCUAUAAGCAGGAUGUCAUUCCAAAGUGUAUGUAAGCGGUUCGUGUAGUCCAUAUAUUGUAGUUGUGAGCUGCGGAGAUUAUUUUUCAUCUGAUAUUCGAGGUGGACCGGUUUUCGUUUACGCAUUCGAAUAAAGGACAAGUCAGAAAUA